CCUUCAGCUGCUGUAGGGAGCACCAGCCUCCUCAGCCCUGAAACCAUGCCCCUAGGUCUCCUGUGGCUGGGCCUCAGCCUGCUGGGGCCCCUGCACACCCAAGCCCAGGAUUCCACCCCCAACCUGAUCCCGGCCCCACCUCUGUUCAGGGUCCCGCUGCAGCCCAACUUCCAGGCUGACCAGUUCCAGGGGAAGUGGUACAUCGUAGGCUUGGCAGGGAAUGCACUUAAGAAGGAAGAACAAGGCCAGCUUAAGAUGUACGCCACCACCUACGAGCUGAAAGAAGAUCGCAGCUACAACAUCACCUCCACCCUGCUCAGGGACAAGCGCUGUGACCACUGGAUCAGAACUUUUGUCCCAAGUUCCCAGCCCGGCCAGUUCACCCUGGGCAAUAUUAAGGGCUUCCCCGGGGUGCAGAGCUAUACCGUGCGAGUGGCGACUACCAACUACAACCAGUUUGCCAUAGUGUACUUCAAGAAGGUUUACAAGAACCAGGAGUACUUCAAGACCACCCUUUACGGGAGGACCAAGGAGCUGACCCCUCAGCUGAAGGAGAACUUCAUCCACUUCGCCAAAUCCCUGGGCCUCACCGAUGAGUACAUCCUCUUCCCUGUCCCAAUCGACCAGUGCAUCGAUGACCAGUGAGGGUGCAGACUGCUGUUGUCUCUACUUCCCCGUCUCCCUCUCAGGUGCCUCCUGUCUCUCUGCUCCCAUCACCCUCCUGUCAGCCUUUGCCCGGCUUGGUGCCCAGCUGUCCCCGCCAGCCCAGACACCAGUGACAGGAGAGAGUCCAGAGACCCUUCUCAUGGCACUGCCCACCAGCUGCUCUCCGGAGCCCCACCUUGCCUGCUAAAUAAACACAUGUCCCGGU